AUGUUAUUCAUCACUAGCAUCUUGUGCAUCUAUCUCAACACCUUCCACCCAAAACACAAUCAUUUGACCGUCGUUUCUGUGAUAGCACCUACUACUAUGGGCUGGCAAACCACCUUUACCCUUUCGAAGAGAGCUAAGGGCUGUCAUCUGGUCACUGAUGAAGUGAUCAACCACAUCCGUCCUGGCCUCGAAGGUGUCAAGGUCGGUAUGCUGUAUCUCUUUAUCCAACAUACUUCUGCAGGGUUGACUGUGAACGAAAACUAUGAUAAAGAUGUACGAAGAGAUAUGGAUAUGGCGCUGGACACAAUCGUGCCCGAGAGUCUGAAUUGGCGCCACACAGACGAAGGUCCAGAUGAUUCGGUAUCGCAUACCAAAGCUUCACUUGUUGGCUCGUCGGUGAUGAUACCUAUCACCGAUGGCCGCCUGAACCUUGGUACAUGGCAAGGGAUUUAUCUCACUGAGUUUAGGCACAUUCCUCAUUCCCGAAGAAUUGUUGCAACUGUGCUGUAUGUCUCUAUUUAUACUGCUACCCUUCAAAUUUUGAGACCUUCGGUGUUUUGUUGUCUAGGACCUGAGUUUACCACAGAGGUUAUUCCGCAUUUAGAAAUCUUUGCAUCGCGCCUCGGAUUCCCUGCUCGAUGA